GAGAGAGGGAUCUAAACAGCAGGACUACAUUUCCGCCUAGCCAAUGAUGGCAGUCUGUUCGUUGUGCUAGAUUUAGAUCUAAGUGUGUUUUUCUUGAUUGUUUUAUAACAGUACAGUGAAUCUUCAUAAAGUUCAUGUCUUUGGAUUUAUUUUACGUCUUAUUGUCAGCUAGAUAGAUGAUUGAUGGCUGAUUUGGAAGACGAUAUCCUUAUGGCCUAGGUUUGAAAGUACAAAACUCUACUUGAGUAUUGGACUGUUGGUUACUUACAAAAUUCUGUAAUAAUGACUGCAACAUUCUUCAUACCUUCAAGUUUCCUAACUUGAGGGGUUAUAACGUGAUCCUGCCUAUUGUGAUCUCUUUUAUAGUCAACGGUCAAACUACUCCUUAGUUUGCUGGCUAAAAUGUUGGAAUUAAGAUAAUUGACAAUUGGAUUUAAGGACAACAUGGAUAGCAGCAAUUGCAGUCUCUUGUUUUUGUGGAUUCCUUGGAUAGUUUUUUUGCACCUUUGUCCUUCAGCAACAGGUCGACGAUGUCCCCAAGGACUUAUAGAACAUGACAAUGUGCCUCGGGUUGGAGAAUUCUCUUGUUGUCAGCCUACACGAUGUGGAGUUGGGAAAGAAGUGGUCAAGUGCACUGUGAAUGGUACUCAAGACCAAUGUCAGAGCUGUAGUGGUCGAUACAAUCAGUCUUUGCGGACAUCGUCAUACACCCUAGAAAGAUGCAGUCAAUGGCCUUUGGAUGAAAACUGCAGACAUAAUCAAGGACAUGAUAAGGUGACCUUUGAGGUGAAACGCUGCAUGUGUGACAUUGAACUUGGCUACAAGUAUGACAGGCCUGACCUAGUCUACGAAGGCCUACCCACAACUGCCUUUUGCCAACCCAUGAAAGCUAAGUGUGACCCUGGAUAUGAACCCAAUGUUGAUGGGACAUGCCAGCCUUGCAACAAAUAUUAUUUUAAAACAACUAAAAGUUUCCACCUCUGUGAACCAAAAACAAAUUGUUCCAUGCUAGGCCUUAAUGUGGUCGUUUCUCAUGAUGAAACAAAAGACGAUGAAUGCAGCAAACCUGACCCAGUUACAAUACCUCCUGCGAUUCCAGAGCAGUCCAGCAGCCCUAGCACCACCCACAAGCCUCCCACCCCUCAGCUUGAGACCAGCACGCCUGUGCUGACAACCUCUACCAGCCAUGAUACUGCCUAUGCUCCUUCCCAAGCUUCAGAGAGUGCAGGCAGUGAGAACAUUGUAGGACCAAUCAUAGGCUCUGUGGUUUUUGUUCUAGUGGUUCUCAUAAUUAUAUUUGCUGUGUUCUUAUGUAAAAGGCGCAGAAGACGAGUAUUCUGCUGUGGUGAAUGUGCAGAGAAGUGUGCAGAACCAGGAAUGGACCUUCACUCUAUGCCUCACAGAGAUCCUUGCAACAAAAUUGGUAAUGGGAGCAUACCUCACCACCUAUACGGUGGUGAUAAAACAAACAACAAUCACCCCAUCUUCCUGCCCAGUCUGCAGAGUCAGCCUCACAUGGAGACAUAUGUUACUCAGAUGCCAGAUCAGUAUUCCAAUUACACUCCUGCUGCGGUUGCUCCAGAACCAAAGAAGGGCAUACUCAGAAAUGUGGUGGCAGUCCAGAGGAGCAAUCACCCUCCUGAAAGUUUUGACAGCAUCGGUCAGGAGAAGGCUCAUCUCCCAAUGGAAGCCAAUUCUGAUGUGGGCGAGAAUGACCCUCUGUUGGUGACACAUUCUCAUGGUGCAGGGGCAUAUCAGAAUCCCAUGUCUUCUCCGUACAACAUUUCUCCUCCUGUGCAUCACCCCUUCAAUAGCCCAGUGUAUAGCUAUGCCAAGAAACCUGGCCUUCACCACCAUCAGCUUAUUCAGAAUGGUCAUACAACUCCAGCCACCAAUGUCCCAACUCCUGCUUUCACCAGAAGCACUUCAGUUAUUGCUAGCCCAGAGGGAGAAGUGGAUGAGGACUCUAUAGAUGCAAGGGUGCCCAGGUUCAGCCAGCUGCUUCCUGAUGGUGAUCAGUCAGUGACCGGUGCACCUAGCCCUCCAAAUCCUAUCCAAAUUGAGCGUGAUCAAAAUAGGAAUGGCUCGGCUGGCCCUGUUACCACUCAGCUGCGAGCCCCUUUUCAGAGAGUCAACCAGCCAAUCACCACUACAAAUGUAGCUACACAACAACUCCAGAAGCGAGCUAAUCCAAAGCCAGGACUCCCUGCUGUUCCUGUUACAAAUGCUCAUGAAAACGUACCAGAUCAUCGUAUCAUGAACCUAAAAGAACAGCAGCUGGCUGAAUCUUUACACUCAGAGGAAAGCUCCUCUAUUAGCUUAUUAAAUGAGGCAGAAUUGCCUGGUGUCAGAACACUGAGGCAGCCUUCAGAGACACAACAAACUCAAGUCAAAACAGAAACCCCUGCAUUGGAACAUGAAACUUAUAAUAUUAACCCCAAAACUGACCCUUUGUUUCCUAAAACUGUGCUGCCUGACUAUGCCCCCUCCCCCAAUGUAAAUGUUUCCAGUGUUGAAAGACAUCCAUAUACAUGUGAUAAUGGUAUUAAUACUGUGGAUAAGAGACUUGUCAAUGAGAGUAAUUCUUCAGACAGAAGGUAUGUGCCCACAGGAGGAGGAGGCAACAGUACCUGGUUUCCCCCAGCGGGAGCUGACCAACACAAAUCCUGCAUUAAAACUACAGAGGAUGCCAGAAAACAGCGCUACAACAGGACUGUUUCUUUCGAGGAAGACGAGAAUGCUCAAACAAACUUGAAGCAUCGUGGCAACCCUACAUCCCCUGACAUUCAGCAGAGACAGCAUCACACAAAUGUUGUCUCUGAUGUCGAUGGCUCCAAUGACCCAGGAGUUAGGCAUCCGCUUCGGGCCCUUUCUGACCCAGAGUACAAAGGCUCUGAUGUGGACGAUGAGGAAACUGAAAGAAAGUGUGUUUCUUUGGAGUACACUAAUUCUUCUGCUGGAUCUAGUAAAACUUCAGUCAAUAGUGAACAGGGAGGUCCAGACAGUAAUAGUGGCAGUCCAUCUAGGGCUGCUCUCUAUCGGAGGAGUCAAAGUGAUAAUACACAUAGCAGUACAGAGUCAACUCACAAGCCACCUCCAAGGUCAAUGUCUGAAGAGAAGCCACAGAAAGCUGAUCGACCAAUAGCUAAAGUGAAGCCCAUGCCUGCCAGUGAUAGUACCAUUAAUCAACUGGUGACUGAUGAGACUGAGGGCUCAGAUUUACAGGGCCAGAUUCCUGCUACAGCACUUGAUGCCAACAGCAGCACUAGUCCCUCCAACAUCUUGAGUUACAGCAGUGAGGACACAGAGAGUCAGGACUCAUCUUCUGAAGAACAAGGUGUCUGACGUUGAUAUUAACAUAUAAAUGGACUUGUAUUGGAUCAGACUUGGGGUGAAAACCCAUAAGGAUAUCUUCACUUCAACAGCUGUGCACUGUCAAUUGAACAGAGUUGAAAUCCACUUCUAAAGGAUUUCCAUCUCUUUUUAACCUUGUGGACCACUGUGGACAGCUGCUUACUGUCUUUUGUUGAGGUCAGUUGAUUGACCAGUUGAUUGAUGUUUGCCGCUUGGUCCAGACAAUAUCUACUUGAAGGUGAUGCCUCACUCAUAUCAGGACAAGACUUGCACUACAAUGAAAACUUGUGCGAAUUUGAUGUAGUUUUAAAGAGCUGCUUAAAUGUUAAUGACAAAUUUGAUGUAGUUUUAAAGAGCUGCUUAAAUGUUAAUGACAAAUUUGAUGUAGUUUUAAAGAGCUGCUUAAAUGUUAAUGACAAAUUUGAUGUAGUUUUAAAGAGCUGUUUCAAUGUUAAUGACGCUUUCACAAACUAUGUGCACAUGAAUGGCCACCAUGAUUGGUAAUGCUCAAGAGCUGUGACAUCUUAGUGGCUAAUGCUUUCUCUUCAUGGUUAUACAAGUGAUAAUGAUUCAAGAUUAAGAUGACAUGAGAGUACACGGCUCUGUGUCUUCUCAUUAUAGGUUUCAGAAUCUUGACUGAAACUUGCGAUGAUAUGUUAGUAUCCCUGUCAUUAAGCUAGGAACUCAGUUGAUUUAUUUGCCACAUAUCUAGUUGAUUUUAUUUUUGUAUAUGGUUGAUGAUCAAGACUUUAUAGAACAACUGUGCAUCUGACUAAAGACUUUUUUUUUUACUGCUUAGUACUAUCAUUUGGUGACUCACAAUUAAGUUAUAUAUUUUUUUUUUAUUUAGAAUUUUUAAUAGGGCAAAAGAGUGGUUUCACCUAAACUGAAUGAGUGGUAUUAUCAUUAAUGACAUUUGACAUUGGAGUUUAUACUGAGUUCUUUGAUACAAAUUUUACCCUAUUAUUUACCAACCAAAAAAAAACCAUCUAUGAUUUAUCUAUAAUUAAUAUCUAUGUAUGAUAUUAAAUGCAUUUUUUUUUUAGAUUAAUUCUUUUUAUAUUCGUUGUGACUUUUACAAUAUACCUUAGUCUACAGUAGUUUUGUGAAAACUGAGUCCAAGCUUUGCUUUUAGGCUAUUGAUUUUAAAAGUGCAACUAGGUUGAACCCACACAGAGAAAAAAAAGAUUCAAACAAACUGUCUGAUAGUCAUUACUUUCUAGAAAAGGCUGAGGAUGAAUUGUAAACAUUUUCUAAUUGUUUUGUCACUGGAUUUUAUUAACUGGGUUUUAAUAACUGGGUCCUUCUCAUACAACUUGGGAGUUGCUUAACUUCCUGUUAUUUAGACUUUUUCAAAUAUUUUGUUUUCAUACAAGUCUAUUUUAGGUCUGCCCUCUACAUUGGUCUGUAUAUUCAGCAUUGCUCAUUCUUUCCAGAUGUUAUUGACCUUGCAGUCUUCCUUCUUUAUUUCUGUAAUUAUUUCAGGGUUUUAAUAUUUCAUAUAAUUCUUGGUUGCUAUUCUCCAUUCAUUUUUAUCUAGUUUUGGUAGUGCUUUACAUUGAGGUUUCUUUCUUUUGGGUGUUACAUAGGUUGUACUUAAUUUGUGUUUGUAUGAUCCAGGUUUUACCUCUGGUCCAUUUAUUGUUUACUUUGUACUUGAUGCUCUUGCUUUGCACCAUGUGGACACUUCUGAAAUAUGACUUGCUGGGGGAAUGAAUAUUCUUGGCAUUUCUAUUACGAUCCAAAAUAUUUCAACCUUUCCAUUUCCCAGCAAGAUGUCAUAGCUCUUAAUGUACACAUGCUGGAUAGUUAAGAGAUCAACUUAACUUGUCUUCUGAACAUGGUUUAAUCUCAUGUUAUGGUGCAGUAGUUCUGUUGUAUUUCAAAGAUUACAGUAUUAUCUGAUUGUUCAGGAUAUAUUUCUUUUUUUUUUUUGUUUUUUCUGAAAUCAGAAAAUUAUCUACAUAUAUCUUCUGUUAUCUUCGUUCAGUGAAUGAAUAAGUAAUUUGAAUUUAUAAUUUUACUUGUAAAAUCCAUUGUCAGAUCUUGACAUUAGCAGUUGCUAGUUUGGCUUGUGAUGAUAAAUAAAACAAAUUGUAUUACAAUUAAGAAAAAAAAACAUUUGCCUUGAAUUCAAUGGACCUAGAGAAUAGAAAAAAUAGCAACUAGGGGGAAAAAUAAAUAAGUAAUCAAUUUGACUUUUGCCAAUUAAGCCAUAUAUUUUUUUUUUUACUUUUCUCUAUUGUUACCAUAUUUCAAUUUAUUUAUUUACUGUUUAAGACCUUUUUUUUUGUCCAAACAAUAUUAUCUGAACUUAUUAUAAAGUUUAAAUAUUCAUGACAAUGUCUGCAUUAGAGGGAAAAUUAAAUUAUGAAAUCUUGUUGAAGAGGGUGAAAAUGACUUAAUAAAUAUAGGUUAGUGCUUCUAGGAGAUAUAGAUUUAUAUUUAUCCUUAUUUAGAGUGUAUUUUUUUUUUUACAAUACCUCAAUCCAAGUUGCUCAUUCUGAAUGGGUGGACAAAACCUGGGUGGGUGGGCAUGUUUUUCGAAAACGGUUCUAAUGAUUUUCUAGAAAUUCGACAGUUAAUCUAUAUAUUGUUGGGAAAAGAAUUACUUGGAAAACUCUAGUUUGACUGUUAUAAUUCUUCAAAGCACAAAUACAAAUUAAUUUAAAUUUAGCUAGAGGACUAGAAAUGAUUAAUCUUCUAAGCCUAGAUCUAAAGGCCUAUCAUUAGAUUAUUAUUAAGUCUAGUAUAUUUGUUUAACCAGGAUUUUUUUCUCUGGGUGGGGGUAAAAAAAAUGUUCCGUUUUUUUUUUUUAAAUCUAACAUUCAUUAGCUAUUAAGAUCAAAAUAAUCACUCUAUAAGGAGGUUCUGUCUUUUUUAAAAAAGUAUUUUUUAAAGAUUUUUCUUGUUUUUAAACAAGAGAAAAGAUGAGAUUCUGAAAGAAAUAAACAUGGCAAGUGCUUGAAUGAUUUGUUUGUUUGUAUGUGGACAAAGAAAUAGUAAUAGUAAUUUAAAUACAUUUUACAUAGUGACGUAAAGGUCAAUAAAAAUGGCUAAAUAACUUGUAUUAGCUUUAUUUCAUCCAAUGAUUUUAAAGUAUAAGCUUGUAUAUAAUCCAAUGAAAUAUGAUCAUCAAUUAAGCUGCUUUUAUCUAGUGAUUUUAUCAAGUUGUCCAUGAGCUCAUGAAAUAUGAUUACAAAUCAGCUGUAUUCACUCAGUGGUUAGAGUGAAGCUUGCUAAGUGCCAUUAUCUCUGAUAGGGCAUUUGAUUGUUGUUGUUUUACGGCUUACGCUAAACGCCUCAGUGUUAUGUUGUGUUGCAGCCUGUGUCUUCUUUCACUCUCUUCCCACCAUGUGGACACCAAAUCUUCUCAGUUGUUUCAGCUUGUCCUGUUCAUUGUAAGCCUGACAUUUCUCUAGGCUGUGUAUAUAGUUGUAAUAAUAGCUACAGUUGUACAGUCACUGGCUAGGUGUCCGUGUUUUACAUUCAGUGCUAAACAAAUCAACAUUGUGUGAUAAUGAAUUUCACUGUGACCUGCUUCCUGUUUUGAGCCUCAUCCUACGGUGACUUUUUUUGAAACAUUUAGUGCCAUUUGUUUUAAUUGUAUAUGUCUUUUUGAUUUGUUAUUGACUUACUUUAGAUUGUUUUAAUUUUUUAAAUGUGUUCUCAAUGCAUUGUUUCUGUUAACGAGAAAUGAAAUUGUACAGUGUGCGUUGCCAAUAUUUGACUUCCAGUGUAGUAGUUCUUGUUUCAUUUGGUCAGUAAUUCAUAUUUUUGUUGUCAUUUUUAUUUUUUUAUCAUGUUGAACAUUGUUUUGAUUUUGAUUUGGAAUUUAUUUGUUUUAACUUUUAGUGAAUAAUUUUUUAUAAUUUGUUUGAUCAUGUGUUAGCAUUAAUUUGAACGCUAGACUUGUUCAAAGAUAUUGUAGCAUUUAUUUUAUGUUAUUAAUGUCACUUUUUUUUUUGUAUUGUUGUUAUUGAUGGCUCACUAAAUAGUAUACAUGAUGAAAAGGCUGAAUUUUCUGGGGGGGAUGGGGGUGUGUUAAUGUAUAAUGUGAACUAUCUUGUUUAUAAAACAAGUUAUUUGUUAGAAAUUAAACUUUUUUUUUUGUGAAACAUUUUACCAAGAACAAUAAUCAGAUAAUCUAAAUAAUUUUUUUUUAAAUACAAUUAUUUAAAUACUUUUAUGAACACAGCCAAACUAUUUAAUUUUGUUGACUUGGGUACUUUUUUUUUUUUUGUUGACCAUCAUGACAUUGUAAAUUGUAUGUAUGUAAAUAUAUAUAUAGCAUGUAAAAAAAUAACAAAUAUUGAUGUUCUUGUUAUAAGAACAAUGUUGUGUUGUACCAUCAUCCUUUGAAACCCAAACAUCUAUAACCUUAGCCAUUGUCACUGGAAUGAGAUGCAGUGGCGCUCCAAAAAGUGUACAUAGCCUAGUAGUUUGAAAUAUUUGUGAACAGUAGAAGAGAAAAUAUGCAGGUCGCAGCAUAGUCAUGUGGAACACUGCACUCAUUCUAAAUCUUCGGAAUCCAGGACAUUGCCAUUAUUAGUUGUAUGAGAGAGAAUGGGAAUGAAUUAGUUCUUUAAAGAACUGCCAUGAGUGUGUCUGUCUGAUGGUACAAACUAUAUUCCUAGGGCAGUAAGAUCAUCAGCAUUGCUCCCUCACCACUUGUUUUGCUGUGCCGUUAAGAACGUUUUCUCUCUUAAAAUAAGGAAAUGUACAUGUACGUUUCACAACUUAAAAGGGGGAAGCCAUGUCUGUAUUAUUUUUGUUGCUUUCUACCAAUAGUUACAGAUUAAUAAAUAACAAUAGAAUGUUAUAUAAAGUUUUUGCUGUUGUUGUUUUAAUCAAAAAAGAAUUGAGCUCAUUUUAUAUAUUAUGAAAAGAGAACAUUGCAAUCAAUGAUUUUUUUUUUAGUUUAUUUCUUUUUUUUUCUUGUGGCCAUGCUGAGCUGUUGAAAUAGGUCAAGGUGGAUCACACUUUUUGUAUUGAAGAAAUUGGUAGACAUAUGUGGGUAAAAGAUUUUUUUGGUUACAUACAUUUUGGCUGUUAUAAAAUAAAUGUUACUACAGAUACUGGUACAUUAUAGAAAUAAAAACUCCUAUUAACAUCUCAUUCUCUCUCUCUCUAUAUAUAUAUAUCUAUAUCAGGGGUUUACUUUUCAAUCAUGUAAUCAGCCACACUAAUCUUUGGAUUUUAGAUCAAGGUUGAUUAGUAAACAACAAUAUUGUAGCAAAAUAAAACAUCAGACGUCAAAGAUUUUUUUUGUUAGAAAGUAUCUUAAAGAGUAAAUUUUUAUUUAUUUUUUCUUUCAUUAUUUAAUUGCUGUAAAAAAAAAAGUAAAAACUCAUUGGGCCACUUUAAUCUGAUUUCUUAACCCCAUGAAUUAUUUCCUUCAAGGAAGGGAACAUGUUUUCUAAAGCACAAAACAUUCUUGCACCUCACAUCCAUCUCAGCAAUAUAAACUCAUUGCAGGUGCUGUCUGUCCUGCUUGUAUUUUAUUUAUACCCAAAUCUUUUCUUGCAGCGUGUCAUCUUGUAAUUGGCUGACUUUUAUAUUAAAAGGUCAGAGUGUAAAGGUCUCCAAUUGGAAUUUUUCUUUUUUCAAACAGAUUUAGCUCAGUAAUGAUACAUGUCAUUUAUGAAUUUGUCAUCUAUGAGAUCUGAUGGACUAUUUCUAUCUUAGUGUGUGAUUGGAACUAGUAGCAUCAUUGGAAAUAGUUCCCUUCCAUAGCAACUACUGCUAUCACUUUUAGUUUAGACUCUGAUCUAGAAACCAGAACUUAAGAAAAAUGAUUUUUGAAAGUAUGUGUUGUUGACACACACAAAGGAUUUUUUAAAAAUGAAACACUGGUUCUAGUAAAUCUAAUUUCAAAACAAUGCAAAAUUUUCAGUAUUGCAUACACACAUACACAUUUUAUAUGGAAGUAACAUUUUUUUUGUCUACGUUCAUUAAUUAAAGUUAAUUUCUUUGUGUGUAAUAGAUUGAUAAGGUGAUACGUUUGAAAAAAAAAGUUCUAUGCAGUGAUCUAAUCUUUUGUUAAAAAUGAGAGAAAAAAAACAGGCAAUGAUUUUGUGCUUUUGACAUUGAUUGAUUGCUUCAACAUUUAUUGCCUUAAGCUGAACAUUUCUUUGAAGGAUAACAAUAUUUUCUUAGCGGUAAUUUUUUUUUGUAUCCAGUGUUUUCUUAGAUUGAAUUGUUUCAUUUUCAUGUUAUGGUCCCUUUCUCCCACUAGACAGAGAAGUAGGUCAUGUUGAGCUAACUUUAUGUUACUGAUAUCAUAUGAAAUGGAUAUUGAUGGAUAUAAAAAAAAAAGUCACAAAAAGUUUAUCUAUUGUGAAAUCAAACCUUAUUUUGUGUUUGUUACCUAACAUGAUCAUUAUGCUCAAAGUAUUUAAGAAGACAACACAUUGCCUAUUUCACUUUGUUUUUGGGUGUGUAGUAGAACAUGACAUUAUCUUGUUGUUUGUUUUGAAACUGCUUUCACUCUGAGCACCAAGUCAUUAUGUGUUGCUACAGAUGUACAUAGAUGUAUAUAGUCCUGACAGUCUGUUGUGCAGUGUUUUAUCAGAGAUCACUGGUAGAACCUCACUUUCUAGGGGAGACAAAACUGGUUAUUUUUUGGGUUUGGCUUCCACUGGAUCAGAAUUUGUUCGCCAUAGUGCCUGUAAUAUUUUUUUUUUGUAAGUCAACUUAGCAACUUGUUUUUUUUAACUCUUUCUCUCUUAACUGACGAUACCAGUGUUGAUUCCACCAGAAUGUGGUAAAUAAUUACGGAGAGAAAGAGUUUAAAUGUGUUAGAGAUUUUUUUUUUUUUGGUUUAAAGUCAGUUCACAUUAUUGGCUCCUUAUUGAAAUUGUUCCCUGGCAGAGAGCAGUAUUAGAAAGAGAGCUGGCUAAUCUUGUGGACUUUGUUAUGAAGCUAGCUUAUUUCAGUCACUUGUUGCUACUCUGUGAUAACAUCAACUGCUUAGAAAUAGUUUUUUAGUUGAAACUAAAUCAGACCUAAGAAGAUACUACUAAAUGUGAUGUCUACCAAAUGUGAUGUCUUUUCAUGGUGUGUACAGCUUCAGGUCUGCAGUCAUUCAUUUAGGUCUACUUGGAAAUGUUUUGAAAGUGAGAAAUAUCUUGCCUCUUUAUGAAUUGUGAAAUUGCUCCUCAUGUUUGUGUGUGUAUGUGCCUGUGUCAGCCUAUUUUUCUCUCUACAUCAAGUGUGUUGCAAUGUUGAGAUUUGUUGUUUUGUUCACCCCUCACCCCAUUGUCUUUUGUGCUUUAGAUACAUCAACUUAAUCAGUUCGUUCGGGAACAUUACAAAUAUGUGCCUACAUUUUUAAUAGUAAAGCUUCUGAAAUGGAAAGUUGUUCAUAAUUUAUUAUUUUAAAAAGACUUUUCUUUUGCUAAGAAACUAUACUUUGUAGUUUGUGUCUGCUGUUUAUUGGGUGGUCACAUUACUUUGAAUAAAAUGCUUGUCUUUCCUGAAAUGUAAAUGUCAUAAGCCAGUGAGAAGAAACUGAUUUUGUGUGUGUGUGUGUAAAUUAUUUGUUCUUGUUAAAGGAAACAAAUUUUUAGUUGUAAUUUCAAGGUUUAACACAAAUUAUUUGUAAAAACUCUUGUAACCAGUGGUUUACAAUGAUUCAUUAUUUUUACUUUGAAUUGUAACAAUGUUUUGUUGAGGGAGGGAAAACAAAUAAUUACUUUGAAGACACAUGGUCAUAGCAAAACAUCCCAGAAACUUGCCGAGUACAUUAAACUGGUAAGUUGAUGAGCUGGGAAUAAUAGCUCUUAAUGUGGAUCUGUUCUUUAGUACUGAGUGGUCAAUAUUUCUAAUUACAGAGCUGCACAAGUAAUUUAUGUUCUAAAGUGAUCCAAAGUCACUGAUGGCAUGUAACUCAAUGACCUUAGUCUAGCACUGCCUUAUUUGUUCUGAUGUACUAAGUGUAACAGGCCUGUAUGUACAUGUAGACAUGCCUUCAUCUAAUAUUAAUAAAACAUUAUGUACAUUUUAA